AUGGCCAACGCGUCGGCAUCGCUGUUCAUCUCGGCAGACGGCUCGUACGCGGGCAUCACGGCCUCGGCCAAGGUGUCGAGCGACAUCAGUUUCGGCUACAGCGUCGAGUCCUCGCACAGGGAGACGUCCGAGUCCAAGGUGGACGUGGGGAGCACGUUCGUGGCGCAGCUCUUCGUCUUCCCGAACCUCAAGUGCAAGGUCAUCAAGCAGCAGCGGAUCGUAUACACCAUUGACGAGCCGAUCUGGAAGAUGAAGAUCCCCGGCGGGGAUAUGAACUGGGGGCCGCGGCAGAUCGCUGUGGGCCGCCUCGACGGCAACUAUCCCAGGAUCAGUCCCGUCCCGACGAAGGGCAAGGGCCUGGGGGAGAUCGCCCAGCUGUGUCCCAUCUUCACCUUUGUCGACGGGAGUGAGGACGAGAUGAACACACUCAUCAGCCGCACGGACUGGGAAAAAUGGAGUCUCUACGACUCGUACCCGUGGACGGAGCCAACGAACCAGGCCAUCACGGUUGCCGUCCCGGACAAUAAAUGCACCUUCAGGCCAAUGAACGACGGCUGA